AUUUUUCUAUAUUGGUUAUCUGCGCUUGUUGCUGUAUCGCUGUAUGGUUUGUGAAUUAAAUAAUUUAUCUGUGGCAGACGUCAGUUAAUUUAUUAUCUAGAUUGUAGAACAACAAUAAUUAUGUUCAAUUAUUUAUUUAUACAUCUGAAUUGUUAAUAGUAAAUGAUAAGACAACUGCUACCUAUUAAAGAAAAACAAGACGACAAUAUUGAGUGGCAUGAACAUUUCUUGUAAGUUCUUUGGUUUCUCAAUUUCUGGAAGAAAUGGAUGAGGAAGGAAAACUACCACUGAAACGAGUUGAGUUAUCAUUAUCUAAGUUCAAUGAAGUUGCAAUCCCUCAUCACUUAGACCUAUUGCGACAACACAAAGCCAAUAUUCUAAAGUAUGAGGAAACAGGUGACUACAGUCGUGUCCGAUGUGAACAAGUACAUGCGCGUCGCGUGUCCUCUCAACUGCGAGCAUUGCUCGGUGAGAUGGAGGCUCUUAGAAGGCAGGUGUGCUGUGCUGAUCGAGCUCGUUUUGAUAAACUCACACAACACUCCAGAGACCUCACCUUGAAAGCAAUAAUGGACUAUCUGGGUGUUAUAGAGAGGAGUUGCAUUGCAAUAGUAGAGUCGAACCAAACACGAGCAUCUGCCUGCGAGACGAGUCCCCUGUCCGUAAAUCGUCCGGCGACGGAUGACGGCAUGGAGUCCGGCAGCCUGGCGUCCACGGACUCCGUCGGCAUAGUCCCGGAGCAGGUGCAGCUGCGAGUGGAGCCCGACGCGAGCAUGUCGCUACGGGAACGCGAAGCCGUGUUGGCGGGAUGGAGCGCGCUGCAGAGCGAGGUGAGGGCUCUGCACGAGGCUUGGCAGAGUGUGCAGGCCGCCGCUCUGCGCCAGAGGCGGCCCCUGGAAGCCGCCGCCGACGGCGUCGAGGUCGCGGCCGACGCCGUGAGCGACGCGCGAACGCAUCUGGCGCUCGCCGAAAGGCUGCGAGCGGGCAUGUACGGAGCGGGAGGCGCGGUGGCCGGCGCCGCCCUGUUCGGCCCCGCGGGGCUGCUGCUGGGGGCGAAGGCCGGCGCCGCGGCGCUCGUAGCCGGCUCCGCGCUCGGCUACCUCGCCGCCGCCGUAGUGGGGCGCCGUCGCCGGGCGCAGAUCGACGAGCGGCCGCCCGAUAAGGGUCAAUAGUCGUCUUAUACAGUAAAAAUAUCAAGGACGGAAAAAUAAAACCUGUUACCGCUCAAGAGACUAAUCUUUUUGUCUGUUAUUUGUAUGUACAUAAUAUUAUAUAAAAACAUUGAAAGUAUUUUUAUAGUAAAUUGUAUUAUUAAAUAUUUAUUUACCUUGGAGGUAAAAUCUGAUAUUUUCUAGUCAAUUGUUGGUGACUAGGCAACUGCUGUGCAUGUAUAAAGGCUGCCCAUUGCACUUCAAAUGUUUAUUUGAAAUUGAAUAAAAAAUUAUUGAUGAGAAAUUCAUAGUUGAGUAGUAAAACUACAAAGCUGAAGAGCUAAGCUUUGUUUAUUAUGAUUUUUAUUUACUCUUUAAUUAUAAGUAAAAUGUAAUUGUUUUUAUGUAAGAUCGAGACUCGCAUAAAUUGCUGAUCCCUAGGAACUUUGUUAGUUGCCGAGGUAAACUAUUAAAA